AUGGCGGCUCCGCCGGGGCGGCGGGAGCGGCUGCGGGCGCUGGCGCUGGGCCGGGGGUCCCUGGGGCUCGAGACCCUCCUGGACCUCCUGCUGGGGCUGGCGGGGGGGCUCCGGCACCGCCUGAGCCGCCGGGACCCCCCCGCGACACCCGCCGGCCACGGCGGCGACAACCACAGUGGUGACAGAGGCGACAGAGGCGACAGCAGCGACAGUGACAGCGACAGCGACAGCGACAGAUACGUCCGCGACUUUCUAAACUGGGCCGAGCCGCUGGUGUGCCGGGUUCGGGAGCUGCAGCUGCAGCGCCGCGACUUCGACAUCCUCAAGGUCAUCGGCAGGGGAGCCUUCAGCGAGGUGGCCGUGGUGCGGCUGAAGGAGACGGGGCAGAUCUUUGCCAUGAAGAUCAUGAACAAGUGGGACAUGCUGAGGCGUGGGGAGGUGUCGUGUUUCCGGGAGGAGCGGGACGUGCUGGCGCGGGGCGAUCGCCGCUGGAUCACCCGCCUGCACUUCGCAUUCCAGGACCCGCAGUGCCUG